AUGAACAAAUUUGUAAACAGAAGUACUUACUUGAGAGAUAAAAAGAAACAUAAGGCAAAGAAUGACGUAACUUCAUCAGAAAUUACACAUGAAGUUAGUCGGAAUUUAGAAAAAAGCCAAAAUAAAAGAGUUUCUAUCAACGAUUCCGCCCGUAAAAAUUCAAUUGAAAAUACAAAUGAGAUUGAACAAAUUCGAAGUUCUAUUAACGACAACUUUGCGCACGAUAGAAGUAUAGUCAAGAAUGAAGCAGCAGCAAAAAAAGGUCGGAAGAAAAACAUAGCAAAUAAAUUCAAAGCUUCAACGAAAAUAAGCAUUUAUAGUUCAGCGGAAAGAAUAAAUUCAGAGAAAAUGGCUGCUGAAAGUUCAAGUGCAAUCAUAAAUCACGCAGUAAAAGUUCGAAGUACUAUCAAUGAUAAUGUCUUAAAAGAUAAAGCUACACUUGGGCGUAAUAAGAUAAAAAAUACCGCAGCAAAUAAAAAGAGUAAAACUUCGAAAGUAAUCGCACAUAAAACUUCAAAAAACUCAAGCAACACUUUGAAUAGCAAGAAUUCUGUGGUACGUAACGUAUCUCAAACUCACAGUGUUCAAACUACUAAGAAUCAAAUCUCGACAAAUAAUGUAGUAAAAAUUCGAAAAAAAAGCUCAAAAACAGAUUACGAGAGAAUAAUUAAAGUCAAAAAAGAGACAGCUGCUAUAUGCAAAAGUGAUGAACCAUUGGUAGAUCAGACUUAUGAUAAGCAAGGUAGGCACACAUCUCAUUCGGAUACUAAUAGUGAUAAUAAUAAGCAAUAA